AUGGCUUCCUCAGAAUCCAGCCCCUCCAAAGGGGUCAGCAAGGGAGCACCAAACCCGACUUCAAAGUCAACCCCCUAUGUCUCUGCGCUGGGCAUAGUAGGAGCAGCCAUUGGCACUAUGGGUGUCAUGUUCGCCCUCAUCAUUAGUAUCACAUCCAUAAUCUGGCCUUACGUGUCCGGGCCACAAGUAAACAAUCCUGACAUCAAACGAGGCCCGGGGCCCAAUUCUGUACUUCCUGUGCCAUGCCACUCACAUAACGACUACUGGAGGCCGAUGCCUUUCUAUUCUGCCAUCAAUGCCGGCUGUAUCGGAAUAGAAGCAGAUGUUUGGGCGGUCCAGAACGAGCUUUACGUCGGCCACGAUUUGGGCGGUCUAUCAACCGACCGAACUCUGACGGCCAUGUACAUUCGACCACUAAUGGAACUGCUCCAGUCUAAAAAUAUAGAUAGAGAUCCAAGUCUUCCACCUAGGGGCGUGUAUGGCCGCAAACCAGACCAGACAAUGGUCCUGCUGGUGGACUUGAAGUCAAAUCCCAACACGUCGUGGCCACUUUUGCUCGAACGACUUGAACCGCUUCGCCAAAAAGGGUGGUUGAGCCAUGUGCAUGAUGGCAAAUUCGUUCUGAGGCCCAUCACAGUGGUGGGAACUGGUGAUACUGAAGUUCGCUUGGUGAACGAAGAAACGCCUUCGCGUGACGUUUUCUUCGACGCGCCACUGGAUCAGUUGGAGGAAGGUCUCUAUGACAGUCUCAACUCGUACUAUACAAGCGUCUCGUUCGAAAAGUCGAUAGGUAAGGUCAGUUCCAAAGGGCUUAAGCUGGCGCAACUUGAGAAGCUACGGGGUCAGAUCUCUCAAGCCCAUAGCCGAGGUCUAAAGACAAGAUAUUGGGGUAUGCCAUAUUGGCCGUUGCAGGUUCGCAAUCAACUCAGAGAUAUCCUGAUCGAUGAAGGGGUUGAUGUUCUCAACGCGGAUGAUCUGUUGGAAGCAAGGGAGAUUUUUGCAAAAAGAGGGCACUUGACUGAGUAA